AUGUGCAAUAGUAGCUACUGCUGUGCAGAAGCUGAUGAGAUGGCAAACAAUCAUGGUUGUAGGCACGGACAGAAACAACCUAAUGGUGAUGCUAAUGUGUUACUUGAUAGGUUUGGGGUGGAUGUCAUGUCUUGUUUAUGGAUGAUGAAACCUCACCAGAUUUGUGAUGUCUAUAAAUGGUGUUUGAGCGAUAAGCAUGCAGAGAUUAGACAACAAGAUGUUGAUCUUAUUUUAGAAAUUGUUACUGUCAUGAAGCUAUGCAAAGAGGAACCAUUGAUGGGUCAUAUUGAUGCGAAGUUGUACGACUAUUUAAGUGGAGAGAUUGCUGCAGUAGAUGACUAG